GGUCGGAAAUUAAAAAAACAAAUAAAUAAACAACGUCAAUUUGCUUGUUCAUGUUCAUCUCCUCCACUUGUCAGGAUUUGACAACCGGGUUGGUAACCUGUAAAAACCACACAGUAUCAUACCUGAGUGGUCGCUAAAGUAAACGGGGUGGGGUGUGUCGUGUUACGACCCAUUUUGUCACCUCUACUCCGGCAAAAGCUGAGCGCAUUGAGAAAUAAGCAUUUCGUUAAUCUGUUUGCGAAAUGGUUCUAGCACUUUCAUUAACUGCACCACCACCACCACCACCUCAAAAUCUCUCCACCACCACUAACAACAAGAAUGGCAACUCAGUUAGUAAUUACAGCCUUCUUCUCUUAUCCUUAUCUGAGUGUAACAACAUGUCUCAGCUGAAACAAAUCCAUGCUCAAACUCUCCGUACCACAUUGCCUCACCAUCACCACUCUCUCUUUCUCUUCAGUAGAAUUCUCAAUUUCGCAUCCUCUGCUGAUCUUGACUAUGCGUAUCGUGUUUUUGAUCAAAUCGAUACUCCCAAUUCCUUUAUGUGGAAUACACUUAUAAGAGCUUGCGCAAAAAACGUUGAUUCUAAACUACAGGCUAUAAACCUUUAUAAAAGGAUGUUAGAGGAAGGAAAUGUUAUGCCUGAUAAGCACACGUUCCCAUUUGCUUUGAAAGCUUGUGCAUACUUGUUUGCUCUCUUUGAGGGGAAACAAGCUCAUGCCCAAAUUUUGAAAUAUGGGUUUGGUUCAGAUGUUUAUAUAAAUAACAGUUUGAUUCACUUUUAUGCUUCUUGUGGGUGCUUGGACUUAUCAGAGAAAGUGUUUGAGAAUAUGCUUGAAAGAAGCAUUGUUUCGUGGAAUGUUAUGAUUGAUGCUUUUGUUCAGUUCGGUGAGUUUGAUUCUGCAUUGAAACUGUUCGGUCAAAUGCAGAAUUUGUUUGAACCUGAUGGUUAUACAUUGCAGAGUAUUAUAAGUGCUUGUGCUGGUUUGGGUGCUUUGUCUCUAGGCAUGUGGGCACAUGCUUAUAUUUUGAACAAAUGUGAAUCUGGUUUAGUUUCGGAUAUUCUCAUAAACAAUUCGUUAAUUGAGUUGUAUUGCAAAUGUGGGUCGUUAGAAUUAGCUCAACAAGUCUUUGAGAGGAUGCCUAAACGUGAUAUAACUUCAUGGAAUUCUAUAAUUCUAGGAUUUGCCAUGUAUGGACAGGCUGAUGCAACAUUGGAAUAUUUUGCUAGGCUUGUAAAAGGCGAAAGCUUUGGUCCCAAUGCAAUCACAUUUGUUGGUGUGUUAAGUGCGUGUAACCAUAGAGGCAUGGUUACCGAGGGCCGUGAGUUAUUUGAUCUGAUGAUAAAAGAGUAUAACAUUACACCUGUAUUAGAGCACUAUGGAUGCCUUGUUGAUCUUCUUGCUCGUGCUGGGCAUAUCGAUGAAGCCCUAGAUAUUGUAUCAAACAUGCCAAUGAAACCUGAUGCGGUAAUAUGGAGGAGUCUUCUUGAUGCUUGUAGCAAGAAAAAUGCGAGUGUGGAGCUAAGUGAAGAAAUGGCUAAACAAAUUUUUGAGUCAGAAGGCGGCAUUUGCAGUGGCGUUUAUGUGCUUUUGUCUAGAGUGUAUGCAUCAGCUAGCAGGUGGAACGAUGUUGGGUUGGUGAGGAAAUUGAUGAGUGACAAAGGUGUAACAAAAGAGCCUGGCUGCAGUUCAAUAGAGAUAAAUGGUGUUGCCCAUGAAUUUUUUGCUGGGGAUACUUCCCAUCCUCAAACUAAACAAAUAUAUGGGGUUUUGGAUGUGAUUGAUGAUAGGCUGAAAGGUAUGGGGUAUUCACCUGACUAUUCACAAGCCCCCAUGGUUGAUGAACUCAAUGAUGGUAAACAACACUCACUCAGGCUGCAUAGUGAGAGACUUGCCAUUGCUUUGGGGAUCUUGAACUUGAAACCAGGCAUACCAAUUCGUGUUUUCAAGAAUCUUCGAGUAUGCAAUGACUGUCACCGGGUAACCAAACUCAUCUCUAAAAUCUUCAAUGUUGAGAUUAUUGUGAGAGAUCGCGCCAGAUUUCAUCACUUUAAAGACGGCUUCUGCUCAUGCAUGGAUUAUUGGUAAUGGGCUAAUGGCUGUUGUACAAAAGAGAUCAUAUAGAUUUAACACUUGAUGGUUCUGUAAAGUGUAACCUUGGGAAAACCCAAACUGCACCAUUUAUGAAGUUGAAAUUUUAUUUAAGAUACUUGGGUUAGCCAUGGAGCUGUAGUAAUGGGCUCGGUGAUGGAGCCCGGUUUCCCAAGCUCAUGAUAUUAAGGGUGCGUUUAGUUCAGUGAAUGUUAGAUUACUGGAAAGUUAAAUUACCUUGAAGAUUAUCAGGAAUCUUUAGGAAAAUGUGUUGGUUAAUUUGCAGGUAUGUUAUAUUAAUAUGUUUGGUUGUG